CCCCGGUGGUCCUAACCAGCAGAAAGAAUUAAAAGGGAGACCCCAAAAAAGACAAAAAGUUAUUAGCAUUAACAUUACGGAGUAACGAGUUAACGACCAGUCCAUACCAGACUCCCACUAAAUCCCCUAUAUUAACAGAGUUCGAUAGAAUCCAUGCUUCUUCCUCCCAUUUCUCGAUCUUUCUCCUUCCACUCCAGGAGACUAAUUUCAUCCAAGUGCAGAAAUUCACAAAUGGGUCCCGAAAAUCUGAGUCUGAUUGAUAAAAGACAUCGUGCAAGUUUUCGGCUAUGCAGCGUUUCAGGUUAUAAGACGGAUCUGCUGGAAAUUCAUGCCAAGGACCCGAAGUUUCAUGUCUUGUUUAUUCCUGGAAAUCCAGGUGUUAUCUCGUUUUAUGUUGAUUUUCUGGAAUCACUCUAUGAUCUGUUGGGUGGAGCUGCAUCCGUCACAGCAAUCUCGCACAUUGGUCAAACAGAAAAGAAUUGGGAGCACGGAAGGCUGUUUUCACUGCAAGAACAAACAGAUCACAAGCUGAACUUCAUAGAGCAUGAGCUUCAGGAUGUUGAAGUUCCUCUAGUACUGGUUGGUCAUUCUAUUGGCUCAUACAUAUCUCUGGACAUUUUUAGGAGAUUCCAGGAAAAGGUCACAUACUGCAUUUGCUUGUAUCCAUUUCUAGCUGUAAACACCAAGUCUUCAACACAGGCUAUUAUUAAGAAGAUUGCAGUGUCUCGGACUUUAUGUACGGGCCUAAGCUCACUUGCAGCAAUUCUGGCACUGUUACCAGCCUGGAUCUCCAGAUUUCUGGUGAAAAAAUCUGUGGGGAAGUCCUGGUCCCCACCUGCAGUGGAGGCUCUCUGUAAACAUGUCCUCAGGUACCAUACCGUUCAGAACAUUCUAUACAUGGCAAUGACCGAAUUUGAAAAGCUUUCUGAGGUACCUGAUUGGUCAUUUAUGAGGGAAAAGAAAAAUCAGAUAGCAUUUUUGUUUGGUGUCGAUGAUCACUGGGGUCCCUUACAUAUUUAUGAAGAGAUCUCCAAUAAUGUUCCAGGUGCUGUCCUAACAGUUGAACAAGGGGGUUAUACUCAUGCUUUUUCUUGCACGGAGGCUGGCUCGUUAUGGGUAGCUCAGCAUGUUUCUGGCUUAAUCAAGAAUUAUUUGUCAAAAUAAACCAUUACUUUGGCUGAUGUAACCUUUUCUUUUUUAACAUUUUCAAAACUAAAUCGGAAACAUUUGAGUACACUUCAUUAUUGGCCGAAAGGGCAAAAAAGAUGUAAGAGUGAUAAUUUAACAUAAUCUUAUUGAUGUGUCACAUAUUAAUUAUUUUC